AUGGGAAAGAAUACUGACGACCGACCUGCUUACCUGAGCUCCGAAGAUGCUAAAUUCUCACUCGGUGUUCAUCGUGGCCCGUUGGUCCCCGCGGGGAUUGAGGAUGGUUCCAAGUUAGAGAAGGUCGGGACAGCGGGUGGUUUAUCACUGGCGACUACACAGACAAGAAAGCAGAGAUUGGCGCGCCAUUGGAAGCGAUUUUGGUUUUGCUAUUGCAUUGGCAAUGUUAUUUUCCUGGCAAUCUUCCUACCAGUCUUCUUCUUGGUCGCAAUUCCCGCUAUUUCGCAGCUUGUUGUUAACAAAUCAAGCUUAGUACUUGUCAGCGCGGCUGUGAUGCAGCCAAGACCCGACACUAUGCAGCUUUCACUACACUCGGCGCUGGAUUUAAAAAUCGCCUUGCCGGUUCGCAUUAGUCCUGUCACUUUGGAUCUGUUCAUUCGCGACGAUGGCGCAGAUAAUGCUUGGGCCCAGGGAAAUCUUACUGGCAUGACAAUUAGAGGAAACACUACUCUGGGCAUCACUGAUCAGUAUACACCAAUCAUGAACUCCACCACUUGGACUGAGUAUGUCCGUCAAACGGUCAACCAGAAGGACAACACGCUUUCACUGAAGGGAACCACCGACUCGUUCUUGGGGGUGUUGAAGUCAAAGGUUACUAUGAACAAAGACGUCACUUCACCGGCCCUGGACGGAUUCAAUGGCUUCAGUCUCAGUGAUGUCUCGCUUGUUCCCACUCGCGAUGACGGCACAAACAUGGUUGGCAAUGUGACACUUCCUAACCCUUCAGUUCUUACGCUUGAGAUUGGUACUCUGUUUCUUGACGUGAAGAGUGGCGACUUGGUCAUUGGAAAUGCGACCGUUCCAAACGUGACCCUCAAACCCGGUAACCACGUCAAUUCGCUUACUGGUACUCUCGAUAUCGGCACUAUUCUCAAGAACAUUGGCACUGUACUGAGCGAUCAAUCCGCAUCACUCAAAAACGGUACACUUAGCCUCACCUCGGUGACUCGUACUGUGACAUGGAACGGUACUCAGGUGCCAUACUAUACGACCGUGAUGUCCGAACUGCCUCUCACAGCUGAUGUGGGACUCCUCAACCUCUUGAAAAACACUAUUAAGAGUUAUCUCGGCACCGGCAACCUGACUGACCUAAUCGCCGAGCUGAAGAACGAUACCUCCAGCGAAACAGCCAGCGAUCUUCUCGCUGAUCUCAAACAAGGUCUCAAAGAUCUUGAAGAUGACGGUGAUCUCGCAACCCGGGAUACUCACCCUAUCUCGGGAGCCUCCAGACUCCUUUCCAGAGCCCUCAAGCGGAACCCGCAUGUCCGCGAUGUAUUCCAGCACGAAGCCCCGGCCAAGCGAGACGCGAUGAUAGACACGCUAGCUGGGUGGUACAUUGAUCAACAUUAG